CACUAGACUCCACGUGCCCCGGCGCCGCACGUCACAUCAUAUAAACAACAAUGAAGCUUCUGGUGGCUUGUGCAGUGUUAUCUCUGGCGACUGCUCUCCCGCAAAGGAGAGUAUCGUUAAAGCCUGAGCAACCGCUGGAUGAUCAGCAGCAAGCAGAACAGAACUACAAUGCAUAUCAACAACAACCACAACAACAACCCCAACCUGAUUAUAGACAGCAACAAGCUGAUUAUAGACAGCAGCCACAACAGCAAGAGUAUAGACAGAAACCAAUUGAAGAUUUUAGACCUAAAAUUGAGAUAGAUUCUACUACCUUUAUUCCUAUUCUCCGCUUUGACAAGGAACAAGGUACAGACGGAAGCUACAAAACAGCAUAUGAGACUGGUAACAACAUCCAGGCAGAAGAACAAGGAUUUUUGAAGGCAGUAGGUGAAAAUCAGGAUGCUCUUGUUCAACAAGGAACAUACACAUAUACAGCUCCAGAUGGUCAAGUUAUUACAGUUGAAUACACGGCCGAUGAGUUUGGCUUCCGAGUUAAAGGUGAUCACAUCCCCACCCCACCCCCUGUCUCCGCUGAAAUUCAAAAAGGUUUAGACCUUAUCUACGCUGGAAUUAAAGCUAACCAGGAACGUGCUGCUUUAGAGGCUAAGAAUAAUCCUGAAGCUGCCAGACAGCAAGAGGAGAGGGCAGCGCUUGAUUAUAAAGGACAAUAUUACCAACAAUAAGUAGUAAACUUAAUUCAUAGUUUUGUACUUACUGAUAUAUUCAAAUUAGAAUUGUGACCAUCCAUCGUUGCCAUCAAUAUUAAAUUAAUAGAUCAUGCAAUCAAAUAUGGUUACUCGCGUGGUCGAAACUUACAUGGUCUACAAUCAAGGUUGAUUAUGUAUUAGAAGUAUUUUAGCAAGAUUUGUAGGAACUAAUUUUAUAACUGACAUCCAAACUUUCUUUGUUGCGUUUAGAGAAGACAGUAUUAAAUGUUAAAUAACUUUUGUAUUUUCAAGUCAGCCAUUAUGAAUAGUAUAUAGUAAUGUAUAGAAUAGUCUAGAAUUUCGGUAGU